AUGCUCACGCUGGAUCAACCUACUCGAGCAGAAGCGCAAGGAACUUGUCAAUUAGGUAUCGGCUCUACAUCCUCUAAGACUUGCUUGCAGGAGGUGACCUUUUGUGAUGGCAUAAAGUGGCUCGUUCGAUUACCUCUAGCCGGACAUGUCUCUCCCGACUACGCCGACGAAAAGUUGCUGUGGAAGUCGAAACCGUGUCAUUCAUCCGCGAGAACACUACCAUUCCUGUUCCCCGAAAUCAAGUAUUGGGGGCUUGCUGCCGCCAACCCGCUAGGCUUGGGGCCUUAUAUUAUCUUGGAUUUCAUAGAAGGCGUACCCCUCGACAGCAUUCUGGGUGAUCCUCGUGCGACGCAUAAUUUCAGGCUCAUCAGAGACGACAUUGGCGAGAGCGUGAUAGAGUCAUUGUACAGGCAGCUCGCCAAGAUCCUCCUCCAACUUUUCCAAUUCGAUUUUGACCGUAUCGGCAGUCUGCUAGUGCCGAAGACCAGAUACCGUGCGCCAGUUCGCCCAUUGACCUUCAAGGUGCAUGAUAUGUUGCAGACUGGAGGAGUUGAUACGUUUGGGAAUCGAAACCUCGGGUUCUCAACAACGAGCGAGUACUUCCGAUACGUCCUCGAACAAUAUUGGGAACAAUUCUGGAGUCAACCGAAUUCGAUCGGAGGUGAAUUCAACGCUCGGACGAAAUACGAGUCGCUUAGCACCCUGCAGACUCUGCUGGAUAGCUUCAUUCAUCCAGAUUUCGAUCGCGGCCCAUUCAAGCCGAUUUGUGACGAUCUGAGCCUGGCAAGUGUGAUCGUAAGGGGCGAGGAUGAUCUCGCCAUCGUUGGACUUGUGGAUUUCGAGUGGUCAUAUGUCGGACCGGCUCAGUUAUUUGGUUCCGCGCCAUGGUGGCUUCUCGGAAUCCGACUGAAUAACGUGGACACCUUCUCUGAUGACGAUCAGCAUGAGAUCCUGACCAGAUUCACAAAACACUUGAGACUCUUCAGGCACGUCUUAUCAGAGGAAUAG